AUGUUCAAACGCUCCCCACCCCUCACCCUCCGCGCCCACCGCGCCACCUCCGUCGUCCUCACCCCGGGCGAACUGGUCGAGAUCCGAGCAGCACAACGCACAUUCGAGGGCGCCUACCUGCGCACGGCGCUGUCGCAGUUCAGCUUCGCGCUGGUGAUCCUGAAGAUCUUCACGCAGGAGUUCUACAGCAUUGGCGCGCUGUUUGCGGUCUUUGGCGCGUUUAUCCUGGGCGCGAGUAUGCUGCGGCGCAGGAGCGGGAAUAAGCAGUUCUUUAGAGACGGCGAGGGGGAGCGGGGGAAGAGGUUUAGGACUAGUGGGAAUGUUGUGGCGUUGGUGACGGCGAUUAGUGUUGCGGCAUACUCGACGCUGCUGGUGCUGGUUUUGAGGUUAAGUUGA